AUGACGGUCACGACGCCCAAUCCUCUGUCGCGCGACUACUCCAACGGUGUUUCGCUUAACGGCACAGACUCUUCCCAGCGCGCCGCACACUCGUCCCCAUGGGGGAACAGCAUCUGGAACACUCCCCUUGGUGCAUUUGCGCGCCCACGAGACACUAGUGCUCUUGCCGGUGCCUCUGACCUCACCGAGGGCAAGACGGGCUCCAGCUCCCUUGUUGCCGACUCCGAGACGGAAUGGAGGCCCACCGCUCGCGUCUGGGGCGAGAAGCCGUCUGCAAACACAACCCCAGCUCGGAGCUCUGCUGUGUCACCAGUACGCAAGCGGUCGAUUGCACGAACGCAGCAGCCUCAGCAAUAUGGCGACAGCACGCCCUCUAGCUACCUCCAGUCCUCGCGGGGCACCCUUUCAAAACCCGUCAAGCCGUUUGCCGACGCCGGCGCCUCGAACUUGACCUCGCGCCAGGUCGAUGAACUCAACACUGGCUUCACCAAGUUUGGGUUCAGCCAAGCAGACGUGAACCCUGUGCGCCCCGAUACCGGAGUCACAUCAUGGCCCGAUACGGGCUCGGUUCAUUCUCCCAACGAAGACCGACGGAGUGUCGCGAACUCCGAGUACUUUGCAUCGUCCAGCGGAGCUCCGUCGCGUAGCGGCAGUCUACCUCCAUCUCGCCAUGGCGCCGAGCCUGCACAGUACAACCAAACCCUUGAGGCCUUCUCGAGGCUCUCUCAGCAGCCACGCCAAGCAUCGUCUUUCUCCAUGGCCACCGGUCGCGGCUUCCCCGAACGUAACGGUUCAAUUCAAAGUGAUUCGUUUUCACCCAUUGGCAAGCCUACCCAUGAUCAGGAGCACAGGUUGUCUAUCAGCCACAACUUCGCUACGUCCUACACGCCCGGACAGGACAUGAACGACUUACUCGGCAACACAUCUUACCUGCAAGCUUCUGCGAGAGCAGAGGACAGCACCUACAGAAGUCCAGGAACAUAUACCCCCGAAGGUUACGCCAAUGCCCAGUCCAGCCAGUACGCCCAGCUACGCUCUUACCAGAUCGACAACAGUCGGAAUACACCCAACGGCACCGGAGUCCGUCAAAGCCCAUACUACUCCCACAUCAACACGCCGCCCGUGUACGACCGUCUCAACCCCUACAGCAGCGAGCAAACACUCGCCCAUCCUAACAGUGUCGCGCAGCUACAGAGUAAGUUGGUUGGAUUCCAGAUGGCGCAGCAGGAAAGACGUAUCAUCCCUCCUAGUCAACUUCAUCAGCAACAGUUCCAGCAACUCUACGCCGCUGCUCAGCUCCAAAACAGUUACCCAUACCACUUGGCUAUGUCCAACGGCUUGAACGGCAUGCAUCUAUCUGCUAUACCGCAACACAUGAACAUGGCACCCAUGGCUCCAAUGAUGCCGGUCCAACAGCAGCCACCAAGGGGUCCACGUGAGCACCAAAUGAGCGAUGGGCUGGGUGCCAUGAGCAUUGAGCUGUCAAACUUCAAGAGGGAGCAGAAGCAAAGCAAGCGAUGGGAGUUGACUGACAUCAAGGACCACGUCGUUGAGUUUGCUGGAGAUCAACAUGGCUCUCGCUUCAUUCAACAGAAACUCGAAACUGCCAACAGUGAAGUCAAGGAGAGUGUCUUCAGGGAGCUUGAGGAGAACGCGCUGCAGCUGAUGCAGGAUGUCUUUGGCAACUACGUCAUCCAAAAGUUCUUCGAGCAUGGAGAUCAGGUCCAGAAGAAGAUCCUAGUCGGAAAGAUGAAGGGUCACGUACUCGAGCUCGCGAACCAGAUGUAUGCAUGCCGAGUGGUUCAAAAGGCGUUGGAACAUGCCCUCACCGAGCAACAAGCCGCCAUGGUCAAGGAGCUUGAGAAGGAUGUCCUCAAGACAGUCAAGGACCAAAACGGCAACCACGUCAUCCAAAAAGUCAUCGACCGAGUUCCAAUGCAGCACAUUCAGAAGAUUGUCGAAGCUUUCAGGGGCAAUGUCGGCGUUUUGUCAGUAAACUCUUACGGCUGUCGUGUCAUCCAGCGCCUAUUGGAGAAGGUCCAGGAGCCCCAGCGGAGGUUUAUCCUGACCGAGCUGCACGCUGAAGGGCCGAAGCUUAUCACCGACCAAUACGGCAACUAUGUCACCCAGCAUGUCAUCGAGCAUGGUCUACCAGAGGAUCGAGCCAAGAUUGUGUCUUUGAUCAAGGCCCAGUUCUUGAUGUUUUCCAAGCACAAGUUCGCCAGCAAUGUUGUCGAGCGAUGCUUGAUUUGCGGUGACGAUGCUCAACGUCGCCAACUCGUCGCAGUGGUUCUCUCAAAGAACGAGCGUGGAGAGACGAAUGUCAUGAACUUACUGCGGGACGGAUACGGCAACUAUGUCAUCCAGAAGCUCUUGGAUACCCUUGGCCGAAACGACUACGAGAUGUUUGUUCAGGCGCUCAAGCCCGAACUCGAGAAGGCCAAGAAGGUCAUUCCGGGCAAGCAAUGCGUUUCAGUUGAGAAGAAAAUGUACCGUUACGAUCGCAUUGACUCUCCUACGAUGCCUACGCCCGCUCUCAGCAGUUCCGCACAAUCGCCCCAGAGCAGCUCGCACCCAAGCACGAACGUCUCCACCAUUGACGAACCUGUAGACACGACGUCUCUAGACGGCAAGCACAACACCGGUGGUGUCAGCAUUAAGGAGGCUGCCUACUAA